CCUGACAGUGUCGUGUUCGGAGAAAGUUUGCCGCUGGUGCGUCGUCGGCGUGCAGGGGGCGCUACUGUCGCGCCUCCUCCGACCCGUCUAACUGCGGUCCCUGGUCCUAGGGUCCCUCUUGCACCCACAUCAUAUGUAUCGCGCCAUCUGUGGCCGCAUAGAAACACAUCUGCAAUCGCUGCCGCCGCCGUUCCGCCUGCAGCGCCCCCUGCUGGCGCGAGCGGCCAGCACCGAAGCCCGGACGCCUGCGCGUGCGCCUUCUUUCAGCGUGUGCUGGUGUUCGACAUCUCCACUCCCCGAGGUAGUGAACGCCACGACGGGUAAACUUGAGAGCGGGCAGCCGUCACUUCUGUGCAAGCAGAGCAUGUUCGCGCGCUGGCAGUAUCUUGUCAAACGGCUACCUUUGCUGCCCCAGGACCCGAACGGCGCGGACCCCACGCCGCUGCCGCCCGAUGUCGACCAGCUCUUGUAUAACGAGGCCAAGCAACUGUGUCCCGCUUACCAGGUGGCAAAGGAGCGUCUAAUCGAAGCGUUCGACAAGGCGAAGCUCGGCCGCUGGAUCAAGAAGCCGAUAGAGCAGGACCAGUUCGUAUGCGAGAUCCGCGACGCCGCGCCCGACGCCCUGUUCGCCUAGACCGGCGCCUCCCGGCGUAGCGCCGUGCAGCAGGAGGGUCAGCCGGGUAACACGAGA